AUGAACGCGUCGCAAGCGCCUCUUACGCCCGAAGCCGUUAUGACAGCAUAUUGCAUCCUGCUGACGCCAACAACAACAACAACAACAACAACAACAACAGCAGCAGCAGCAGCAGCAGCAGCAGCCAGUCCGAAGCUCCGUGACUUUGACGUGUAUGUACGAGGCCGAAGGCUGACUGCGCCCAGUGAGCUGCUGCCACGCUUCCAGCUCCUCUUGAACGACACCUUCUCUCGCAUUCACACGGCCACGACGCAACACCUGUCGCACCUGCAUGCGCACACGGCAAUCGUCACGGCUGCGGCGGAUAUGCUGUUUGACGUAACCCUCCGCCUGCGGCCAUUCGUCCAGCACAACGACGUUAUGGCGUGCGUGCUUGUCAACGCGUUUCUGCAGCAAGGCGGUGUCGCCCUGCCUGUCGUCUACACCAGCAGUGACUCGCUCCAUCGGCGCAUUGAUGAGGCCGUGCACCGCGGGCCCCCGCACGUGCCGGGAGCAUUGGCCAAGGCCCUCUUGUCGUCUUACUGCGACAUGUUGCAGCGUGAUGACCGUGGCCUCGUGCCUGCAGGCAUUGUCGCUUCCAUCGCUGCCACGGGCAACAUCUCUGCUGCUGACAUUGACACGUUUUCUCGAAGUGUCUGCAGUUACUAUGUGCAGAAGAGCAUCGACCAUGGCAAUGCUGCAGGCGAUGCUGCUGUUGCGCCAGCUCCACCCGGGCGGCGAAGCAAUCCGCCUGCGCCGGUCGCGGAAUCCACGUCCGCAUUCAUCAACGACUACGACCAACCUGGCGAACUGACAUGCGGGCGCGACUACAUCCUCACCCACGCAGACAGCACGUACGACAACGCCCACGCUGAUCGGCGGUGGCGGUUCACGUGCCAGCCAAGUCGCACCUACCACAGCUAUGAGACGGGGUUUGUCAACACACACCAGCAGACCGUGACGUUUCUGUGCCCGGACAACUAUGCCAUCGCGGGGGUGUACAGCGAGCACGACAACGUGGCAAAGGACAGGCGGUGGCGGUUCCGCUGCAGCCAGAUCCUUUCAACCACAGCAUCCCAGGGCGCAUGCACGUUCUCUGCGCCCUCUACGCUUGGUGGUUCACAAUCAUUCACCACCCCCACAGGCACGUUUAUUCGCGGCGUGUACACCACAUACUCCACCAGCGCCCACGACCGGCGCUACUCGUUCUACUACUGCCAGCUCAACUGCGGCAACAACGCGCUUCAGACGCAGUACGCGUGCCAGUGCAAGGACGGGUACACGUUCCAGGGCGGCAGCUGCGUGCGCGGCACCAAAGGCAGCACGGGCCCGCAAGGCGACAAGGGCCCAACGGGGGAUGCGGGUGCACAGGGGCCACAGGGGCCACAAGGGCUGCCUGGGGUGGACGGCGAUGACGGUGCACCCGGACCGCAGGGCGACAAAGGCGACGUGGGCGAGCAAGGCGCACCUGGUGCAAAGGGGGAGGUGGGCGCACCAGGACCGCAGGGGCCACAGGGCGAACAGGGACCACAGGGGGCACAGGGGGUUGCAGGCGACCCAGGGCCGCAGGGCCCCAAGGGCGAUCAAGGCGUGCAGGGCGACCAGGGCCCCGCUGGUGCACCCGGACCCCAGGGGCCUCAGGGGAUCAAGGGUGAGCAGGGGGAUCAAGGGCCACAGGGAGAACAGGGGCCACAGGGCGCCCAGGGCGACCAAGGCGACGUCGGACCACAGGGGCCGCAGGGUGAACCAGGCGAUCCUGGUCCCCAAGGGCCGCAGGGGCCGCAGGGGCCUCAAGGCCCACAGGGCGAACAGGGGCCACAGGGCGACCCAGGACCACAGGGAAUUCAAGGUCCUGUGGGCGAUCCUGGGCCGCAAGGAGUGCAAGGGCCACAGGGCAUCAAGGGCGAAACCGGCAACAAAGGAGUACAGGGUCCACAAGGACCCAAAGGCGAUCCAGGCCACGAUGUGCCGCUCUCUGUGCAGUCUGCACUGUCGUCAUCCGUCUCAUCCAUGCUCAGCAACGGCACAGCACAGUACGCGGCGGUGUCGACAGCGCUUGCAGCGGCGGCAGCCGAGGCACGGUCGCGCGAGGUGCAAGUGUACAACAUCAUCCUCGACAGCGGUGACGAUGCGCGCUCUGUGGAGAGCGACAUCAGUGCAGCCAUCAUCACACUCAAACUCGCCGUCAACAGCGAGAGGACACGCGAAUCACAGGCCAUCGCCGCCAUCAACCAGGACGCGGCUGCCGUCAGCAGUGCUGUGGACACCGAGGGCAACGUGCUACAGUCAGACGUCAGCCACGCCACAUCUCGCGCCACAUCGGCCGAGGACAGCGUGGCCAGUGCCAUUGCCUCCACCAGCCAGCGGUCCCAGGAUAUGGAAGCAUCGCUUGCAUCGCGCGUGUCUGGCGUGGCCCGUGAUGACUCAUCAGCAGCCAGCCGCGCCGCCGCCGCCUCUUCCUCGCUCGCACGCGCCAUCUCGCACGAGACGGACCGGGCCACGGGGCAGGAGGCAAGCCUGAUAUCCGCCCUGCAGAGCACGGAAACAUCCACCAUGCAAGAUGAGGCAGGUCUCAGUGCGAGCGUGAGCCUUGAGGGGCAGCGCGCCGCAUCAGAGCGAUCACGCAUUUCCGGCGCCGUGUCUACGCACGACGACGCCGUGGCGACACACGCCAGCCGUGCUGCUGCCCAGCUCAGCCAGCUCGACGCCAGCAUCGCCGGCGAGCACACGCGCGCGAGCACUGCAGAGUCCAAUCUCUCUGCCGCGUUGUCCGGUGGCGUGUCAGGGGCGACGUCGUCUGAACACGCCCUCAGCGUCGCCAUCAGCAGGGAGCAGUCGCGUGCAGCAGCGCAGCAGGGGCAGCUGGAUACCGCGCUGGGUGCGGAGCGCAAUCGCACGCGGGCACAGGUGUCGUCCAUCGUGUCUGCCGUGUCCAGUGAAGUGCAGCGCAGCGCAGACGCAUUGACGCAGCGCGCUGUGUCCAUCAACACGGAGGCCGCCCGCGCAUCAACCGCCCGUCAACAGUACGGCACGCUGCUGGAUGCCGAGGUGUCGCGCGCACGGCAGGAGGAGGCCGUGUUGGCGCAAACGCUGUCUGCUGUGACGACGAACCACAGCGAGCACACGCUUGAGGUGAGCCAGGCCAUUUCUUCGGAGAGUGCACGGGGUGGACAGGAAGCGGCGGCCAUCGCAAGUGCCAUCAGCAACACGCUCACGGACACGCGCCAACAACAAGUGCAACGCCUGGAAAGUGACAUUGUGUCGCACGCAACCGUCAUGCAAGAACGCGUCAGCUCCGCCACUGUCUCUCUGCAGGCGGAGACCAACCGUGCCGAGUCAGUGGAAAGUGCGCUGUCGAGUGAGCUGAGUGAGGAGACAACACGAGGCCGCGGUGUCCACUCCAUCCUCACUUCCUCGCUGCAGUCUGAAGAGACAAGGGCGCAGUCGGAUGAAGCAGUGCUGUCACAGCGUGUCUCGCUUGCAGUGUCCUCGUCCCAGUCAGACGAGGCGGCAAUUGCGUCGCAGCUGUUGAGUGUGGACGCAUCUGUCACGCGUGACCAAUCAGCGCUUGCGUCCUCCCUGACGAGCCAUGCCUCAAACACCCGCACAGCUGAAGCACAAGUGCUGUCGCUGCUGUCGGACAUGCACGUGCGCGCCUCCCAGGCGGAAUCCACGCUUCAGAUCAGCUUGGUGUCUGCACAGCAAGCAGCGCAGUCGAGCGAAAGCAGCCUGAGCGCGGCCAUUUCUCUGCGGGAAAGCACGCGUGCAGCAUCACAGCGCUCCAUGCUGUCUGUGCAAGCCAGCCUGGCAUCGUCGGCAACGGCCCAGCAGCAGGCGGUGCGCAGUCGCGUGUCUGCGGUUGAGAGCAGCGCGCGUGAGCACCGGCAGUCUGUGGCGUCGCUGCUGUCGCACGUGGUAUCGAGCACGGCCUCGGGUGUGGAUUCGCUCCACGGAAUGCUGGCUACGCAGACCAGCAAUGCCAUUGCAGCAGAAGGAAGCCUGCUGUCCAUGAUUGGCGAGACCGCAUCUGUGGCGCAAGCAGGAGAGUCUUCCCUUGCUGCCGCCAUCGUGGGUGCGCAGAGCACGCUGGAGGCUGAUGACGAUGAGCUGCUGUCUACGCUUCAGGUGCAAACGCAGCAGCAAGUGUCGGCGGAUACGUCACUGGCCAGCGACGUGGAGGCCGCCAACACCACCCUCAUUGGCAGCGACAUGGCAUUCGUGUCCAUGCUCAAGCAGUCGCACGCUGCCCUCACCAUGCAGCUGGAGGAGGAGAAGAACAUGACCGCCGCAACAGAAACAGCGCUCUCGUCACAGCUCUCCACGCUUGAGCAGUCGCUGCAAGGGCCUGUCGUCGUUACCGACUUUGCACCCUACAAUGACGCGUGUGCCGUCACCACAUUCCCUCCAAACAUCACAGUUGCACCUCCCAGUACGAUCAGCAGCAACAGCAGCAACAGCAGCACCACGAGUCGCAGCAAAUUUGGAACCACUGCCACUAUGAGCAACAGCGAUGUCGACAGUAGGCAAGUUGCAAACAGCAGCACCACCGGAAGCAGCAGCAGCGUGACAAACAUGACAACGGCACCGACCACUGCUACCACCAUCAGCACUGCCACCACUACGAUGAUGCCCGAGGCGGCUCCGUCUGCGCUUGUGGUGUCGUCAUGCUUGCUUGUGGAGUUCACGGCAUGCAGUGAGCGCUUGAUUAGCGAACCCACGCUGGCGCACAAGGCGCGUGCGUUUAUGGAUGACCCGGGUGCGUUUCAUGUGGCCGUGGUUUCCACACAGGAGGAGGUGGCGGGCUGGCUGCGCGCAGACAACGACAGCUGGAUUGUCAGCACAGACGAUGUGCGCGUGCUCUCCACCACCUUUCGCGUGCACGCCGCGCAACCACGGUCAUGCGUGCUUGCAAGCAGCAGCAUUGCCGUGACCUCGAUUGUCACCCCUGUGCCUGUUCCCCAGAACACUUUCACAACCAGCAGCAUGGCAAACACCACCACCACCACCACCACCACCACGCCCUUUGCCACCAACAGCACAUCAGUGCCAACGACAACAGCGCCGCCGAGCGAACCACAACGGAGACGACGAGAACAACAACAACAGCAAGGGAACGAUACAGAGCCCAAUACCGCCACCACACCCAUGCUCAGCAUCGCUAUAAACGGCAGCCACAGCAACAGCACAGCGGUGGACUUGCUGCGUGUGUCAGACGUUGCAGGCCUGCUCGUGGCGGUGCACGUGGCCGGGCGGGACAGCAACACUGCGCCUCCCCUGUCGUCACCGCCACUGGGGCUUGCGGAUGGCAGUGCUGGUGGCACGCCCACGCUCGUGCGAAGGCUGGCUGUGUUGGAAGAGCAGCUCUCGGCGGCAGCGGCGACCAACACGCUGUUGAUGUCGGCCAUCAGCGCCGCGGAGACGCAAAUGGAGACUGCCCUGGCCCAGGCCGACGGCUUGGAGGAAGAGCUUGCGGCGCGGUGGGAGGAGCUUGCUGCUGCACGCGCAUCGAGGGAGGCAUCGCGCGAAGCAAGCAGGGAAGAGGAACAGCGCAGACGCGAGCAGUCGACGACAACCACCACGCCUGCCACAACCACGCCUGCUGCCACGACGAGCGGGGCGGGCGGUGACGCCAGUCGACGCGGGGCCGCUGCCGGCGAAACGCCGCUCAUGUGGAUUGUCAUGACCGUGGCCACCUCCAUCCUGGUGCUGGUGCUGCUGGUGCUUGUGCUCACCACGUCAAACAGCAGCGUGGUGGUGGUUGACACGGGUGGGCCAUCGCACGACGUGUUCCACCUGCUGCGUCAGCCGAGCAAGGUGCCCGAAGACAUGACCGAGCAAGUGCUGGUGGGCAGUGGAGGUGUUGCCUACCUGGGCACUGCCGACCCACACACGGAUGCGGUGUACGCGACCAUGGAUGACAUUGACGAGUCUGUGUUUGCGGCCAAGGGCGCAGAGAGCAGCGAGGACGACGACGACGCUGUCAACGGCUACCUCGAUCUUGACGUGUAUGAGAAUGGUGAGGAGUACCUCCGCACGGGCCCGGGUGCCGUGGCGGCGGUUGGAGAUGUUGGUCUGCAGUUCACGGGCACUGAUCAUCGACACCACCACCACACGGCCACGACCAACUACAGUUCGAGCGAUGAAGACGUGUUCACGGACGACGAGUAUGUUGAGGGCGAGAAUGAUGAUGGCGGGUACCUGGACGUGAGCCCCGAUGACAUUUACGAAGGACCCGAGAUUGGCACGCAGUUUGUGUGGCGGGAGAACGACUUGAAGGAGUUGUCUGUAGCGAUGGACGAGGAAGGGCAAGGCGCUGCAGAGCAUACGGCCAAUGGUGGCGGUGACGAUGGACUCGGUAAUGCUGGGAAUGUCCGUGCUGAGGGUGGCGUUGGCGGUGCGGUGAAGCCAGCUGGAGGCAACGAAUACUCGCGGCUGCCGAGCGCGGCGCCCGUGGUGAUUGCUCGUGAAGGGAAGUCGGGCUACAACAAACUGCACCAGAACACACCUGCAGCACAAGGCGGUAGCACCAGCGCCAGCAGCACCUCAGCCGGUGACCACAAGUAUGCCAAGCCCAAGGAUCCCAAGUACGACAAGGCAAAGGGAGGCAAGGGUGCGAAGACCACAGCCGCAAGCGGUGAUGGUGAGCACAAGUAUGCCAAGCCCAAGGAUCCCAAGUACGACAAGGCAAAGGGAGGCAAGGGUGCGAAGACCACAGCCGCAAGCGGUGAUGGUGAGCACAAGUACGCCAAGCCCAAGGAUCCCAAGUACGACAAGGCAAAGGGAGGCAAGGGUGCGAAGACCACAGCCGCAAGCGGUGAUGGUGAGCACAAGUACGCCAAGCCCAAGGAUCCCAAGUACGACAAGGCAAAGGGAGGCAAGGGUGCGAAGACCACAGCCGCAAGCGGUGAUGGUGAGCACAAGUACGCCAAGCCCAAGGAUCCCAAGUACGACAAGGCAAAGGGAGGCAAGGGUGCGAAGACCACAGCCGCAAGCGGUGAUGGUGAGCACAAGUAUGCCAAGCCCAAGGAUCCCAAGUACGACAAGGCAAAGGGAGGCAAGGGUGCGAAGACCACAGCCGCAAGCGGUGAUGGUGAGCACAAGUACGCCAAGCCCAAGGAUCCCAAGUACGACAAGGCAAAGGGAGGCAAGGGUGCGAAGACCACAGCCGCAAGUGGUGAUGGUGAGCACAAGUACGCCAAGCCCAAGGAUCCCAAGUACGACAAGGCAAAGGGAGGCAAGGGUGCGAAGACCACAGCCGCAAGUGGUGAUGGUGAGCACAAGUAUGCCAAGCCCAAGGAUCCCAAGUACGACAAGGCAAAGAGCAGAGCGGCGAGUACAGCGAGUUCCGUCCAUGGCAAGCGCACCAACGCCCGCAUGGCAGACCCCGUUUAUGCUGACGUGGACUGGAGCGAUGAUGACUAUGAGUUUGGAUUUUGACGACGACGACGAUGACGGGCACGUUAAUCGCCGCCCAGCGCAGGACCCGUGUACUCCGAAGGCGCCGUGUACGAGGAUGUGGACGAUGGAGACGCCGUGUACGCGCUCCCCACAGACUUUGCGUGAUCUUCGGGGCUGCGCGUGUGCGUGUGUAGACGUGAGAGAGUGUGUGUGAAAUGUGAGGGUGUGUAUAUGUGUGUGUGUGUGUGAAAUGUGUGUGUGUGUGUGUAUAUGUGUGUGUGUGUGAAAUGUGUGUGUGUGUGUGUGUGUG